AUGACUCCCUCUUGUUCCGUUGAGGGUUCUCCUAUCCUUCUUCAGGCCUGUCCAUACCCUCUUCACGAGGAUCAGUUGAAUCGGAGCCCUGCCAAUGCACUGGCUUGUGCGAUUUCCGCCUCCCAAGGCAGUCAGACGUCAGUGAUAUCUGGCAUUACGCCUACACUUACAAUCGCUACUGGACCUCCACAUGGUCAAAGCCCUACAGGCAGAGUCGCAAUUUCAGCAUCUGGCGGUUUCGACCUCAACGCUUCCGGUAUCUUAGCUUCAAGCUGCUCAAUGACCGCUGCAGGCGUUGCUAUUGCGACAACUUCAGGCUUGGGCGGCGAUAGCCAUUUGGCCCAGAGGGACCAAAUUUCUGAAAAUGUCGAGAAUGGCCGAAAGUUGGCUCGCAGACAAGAUCUUGGCGAUUUGGCUUUCGCGGAAGCCGGUCUAGAUAGAUCUGGAAAAAAGGUGCUCUACAUUUUUCUUUCUUUCCAAUCCUCCGUUCCUUUAUGUGGUUUGAUCUCAUUUUAA